AGCAUCGCAGACGAAGACAGGGGAUGAAUCUGGAAGGAGACAUUAAAAUCAAGAACUUCACAUCGGUGCUUUUGGAGGAAGGAAUAAAAAUGGGAUAAGAAAGUGACCGACCUACAGGACAGCAGCGGUAGAUCUUCUGUGAAGCUGAGCUGCCUGCGCUUUUGCGUUUUUCCUCUCCAUUCUCCUGCUGCUGGUACAAAGACGCUCAGUGAGGAGUAGCAGCACCUGGGAUUACAGUCGCAUGAAUGGGCAAGAGUGGUCGGAACAGCAACUCAGUAAAAACUGCUGCUUUCAAAGACAUAGUGAGUAAAACCGACAAAGGAUUUAAACACUUUCUACCAUUUUUGCUCUUUCUGGCAAGCAGAGAAAACACACUGCCAUUGUGUUGAAUUAGAUUUUUUUUUUUUUUUUUUAAUAUAUAAUCUUAACCUGAAAGUGGCCUUUUUUGUUUAACAAUGCACGAAAACAACGAGCUCUGUUGCAGCUUUUUAUUCCCGUGUACGUGUCGCGCAUCGCUCCUUUUUUUCCUGACAGAGCAGCCGGUCUUUCUCGUUCAGAAGGGGAUGUAUUCCUGCGACUGCGCAGCCUACGACAAGUGUCAGCAGUUUGGCUGUCUGAUGGUGGACAUGUCACCCACAGACCUCCUAUAAACCCCCCCCUGCUGGUGAUCUGGUCAGUGUUUUGAGCAGGAAGCCAGGUGAAGUGGACUAAGGAAGGGGUCAAACUGUGCACACUUCAUCCCUGCAAAACGGGAUUGCUCACAAAUAGAUUGGGAAAGACAUGGUGGAGCCGGUUGGGUUCAUUGAAGCGUGGAAAGCUCAGUUCCCAGAGUCGGAACCCCCCAAGAUGGAGCUGCGGUCAGUGGGGGGCAUAGAGCAGGAGCUGGAGAAGUGCAAAGCCUCUAUCAGGCGCCUGGAGCAGGAGGUGAACAAGGAGCGCUUCCGCAUGAUCUACCUCCAGACCCUCCUGGCCAAAGAGAGGAAAAGCUACGACAAACAGCGGUGGGGAUUCAGGAAGACGCCACUGAAUGAGGGGAUGGACCCUGCAGCCACACAAGGUGCAGAGUCGCAGUCCCAGCAGCCUCACAUGCAGGAGACGGGUGGAGUUGGAGUAGGCGUUGUGGGAUAUUGUGGGGUAAGUGUUGGGGAUAGAGGUCGAUUCCAGCCUCUUGCAGAUGGAGCAGGGAGGUCCAAGCCCAGGCCUCCGCCGGCAAGGAAGUCUGCCUCUCAUGGAGAUGGCUUAGAGUCAGCCUUUGACAUACCCCAGCAAGCUGAGUCAAUGUCCUGCGACAACCUAGAUGGCUUAUCCCCAUCCAAGCAGAGAGGUGGCGUUUCCAUGUCACCUCGCAGGCCCACCCUUCCACCCCCGGACAAGGAGCUGCCCUCUGAUCCAAAGGACAAGCUAGGGAUGGGACUUGGAGUGGCAGCUCUUCGGUCCAAUUUUGAGAGGAUCAAAAGGGCAAACUCUCACUCUGCAGGUGAUGUAGUUAAGGGACAGGAAAAGCACCUGCCGCCACCGCCGCCACCACCGUUCUACACCAACAUGGAAUUCCAUCACGACAGAGGUUUAGUCAGGGUCAACGACCGUGACGUGUCUGAAAAAAUCAGCUCUUUAGGUAGUCAGGCCAUGCAGAUGGAGCGAAAGAGGUCCUUACAUUCCCUCCCAGGUAAUCUGGCUACGGUGGCUAGUGAGCUCAGACCCAGACCGGUGUACAGAGGACGCUCGACUGAGAGCACCUGUGGUUAUGAUGCAGAAUAUGAAGAUGGUGAGCCCAAUCAGCGGCAUCUGGGAAGGGCCAAUGGGGGUAAACCUCCACCUCCACCAUGGCAGCCAUCGGAGUUCCAGGCCUACUCGAGUGUCUACGUUGGUGGAAUAAUGAUGGGGGAGGGUGGCAGUGGAGAUGGAAAAGGAGUUGGCAGUGGGGUCACAAUGAGAGACCAUGGGGGAGGUGAUGACCACCUUCUGACCUGGCCACGCCGCUCAUACUCUCCAGGCAGUUUUGAGGAUGCAGGAGGAGGUGGCGGCUACACGCCGGACUGCAGCUCCAACGAGAACCUGACGUCUAGUGAGGAGGACUUCUCCUCUGGCCAGUCCAGCCACAUCUCACCUAGUCCCACGACGGCCUUCCGUCGACCUUUCAGAGAGAAGAGCCGCUCGCCUUCACAGAACUCCCAGAACUCCCAGCACUCCUUCGACAGCAGCAGCCCUCCGACACCGCAGUCACAAAAGCGACAUCACCGGCAGCAGGGAGGCCACGUGGUCAUGUCUGAGGCCACUAUCGUGAGUGUCCGAAAGACGGGUCAGAUCUGGCCACCGUCUGCCCAUCAUGACCUCAUGCCCCACGGCAGAGCAUCCCACGACAACAGUUACCAUGGAGAACACCUAGAUGGUCAUUUCACUGGGACCCCUCCAACGUAUGGCUACGAUGCUGACCGAGCAGAGGAACAGCGGAGGCACCACGACAUCCUGCCAUACAUUGAUGACUCGCCAUCUUCCUCUCCUCACCUCAGCUCCAAGAGCCGCAGCAGCCGGGACACGCUCUCCUCUGGAUCCUUGGAGUCCUCCAAGUCGACUGAAUGUGACCUAGAAAAAGGUUUGGAGAUGAGGAAAUGGGUCCUGUCUGGGAUCUUGGCCACAGAAGAAACAUACCUUAGUCAUCUGGAGGCUCUGCUGCUGCCCAUGAAGCCCCUGAAGGCCGCCGCCACCACGUCACAGCCUGUCCUCACUGUGGCUCAGAUAGAAACCAUCUUCUUCAAAGUGCCUGAGCUCUACGAGAUUCACAAGGAGUUCUACGAUGGACUUUUGCCCCGUGUCCAGCAGUGGAGCCACCACCAGCGAGUUGGUGACCUCUUCCAGAAACUAGCCAGCCAACUGGGAGUUUACCGGGCGUUUCUGGACAACUAUGAGCUGGCUGUGGAGACAGCGGAGAAGUGCUGCCAGGCCAACACGCAGUUUGCUGAAAUCUCUGAGAACCUGAAGGUGAGGAGCCCAAAAGACUGUAAGGAGACAGCCAAGAACUCUCUAGAGGCUUUGCUAUAUAAACCUGUGGACAGAGUGACUCGCAGCACGUUGGUGUUACAUGACCUGCUCAAACAUACGCCCACCAGCCACCCAGACCACCCACUCCUGCUGGAUGCCUUGAGGAUCUCCCAGAACUUCCUGUCCAGCAUAAAUGAGGAGACAACGUCCAGGCGCCAGUCUGUGACUGUCAAGAAGGGAGAGAACCGGCAGCUGCUGAAAGACAGUUUCAUGGUGGAGUUGGUUGAAGGAGCCAGGAAGCUGCGGCAUGUCUUCCUCUUUACCGACCUGCUCCUCUGCGCCAAGCUGAAGAAACAGAUUGGAGGUAAAAACCAACAGUACGACAGCAAGUGGUAUAUCCCGUUGACAGAGAUGACGUUCCAGGGUCCAGAGGAGGCAGAACCACUCUCAGUCCCUCAAGUCCCGGAUGAAGAGCUUGACGCUAUUAAGGUCAAGAUCUCCCACAUUCGGAGCGAGAUUCAGAAGGAAAAGAGAGCCAACAAGGGUUCAAAAGUCAUCGACCGCCUCCGAAAGAAACUGUCUGAACAGGAGUCUCUGCUCCUGCUAAUGUCUCCGAGCAUGCCCCUCAGACUCUACAACAGGAACAGCAAGAGUUACAGUUUCCUGCUUUCAUCCGAUUAUGAGCGUGCUGAGUGGAGGGAAACAAUACAGGAGCAGCAGAAGAAAUGUUUGAAAACUGCCUCCUUGACGUCCAUGGAGCUGCAAAUGUUAACCAGCUCUUGUCUCAAACUGCAAACUGUCCACCACAUUCCACUUAGUAUCAGUAAAGAAGAGGAUGAAUCCUCCGGUCUCUACGGGUUCCUGAAUGUAAUCGUCCACUCUGCCUCCGGCCUCAAACAGAGCUUGAAUCUCUACUGCACAUUGGAGGUGGACUAUUUCGGCUAUUUUUCCAAUAAAGCCAGGACGAGAGUGUAUCGAUACACCACUGAACCCAAAUGGAAUGAGGAGUUUGAGAUCGAGCUGGAGGGCUCGCAGACCCUGAGGCUGCUCUGUUACGAGAAGUGUUACAACAGGACAAAGCAGAACAAAGAAGAUGUAGACGGCACAGACCGCAUCAUCGGGAAGGGACAGAUUCUGCUUGACCUUCAGGCUCUUCAAGGCAAAGACUGGCAGAGAACAGUUAUUCCCAUGAAUGGGAUCGAGGUGAAAAUAUCCCUGAAGUUCACCAGCAGAGAGUUCAGUCUGAAGAGAAUGCCCUCAAGGAAACCCAUGGGUGUGUUUGGAAUUAAAAUCUCCACAGUGACCAAGCGAGAGCGAUCCAAAGUACCCUACAUCGUCCGGCAGUGCUUAGAGGAGAUUGAGAGAAGAGGCAUGGAGGAAGUGGGAAUAUACCGCGUCUCGGGAGUGGCCACCGACAUCCAGGCCCUGAAGACCGCCUUCGACACCAAUAACAGAGACGUUUCAGUGAUGAUGAGUGAGAUGGACGUCAACGCCAUCGCUGGGACCCUGAAGCUGUAUUUCAGAGAGCUUCCGGAGCCCCUCUUCACAGACGACCUCUACCCUAACUUUGCAGGCGGCAUAUCGCUCUCUGAUAGUGUCGCCAAAGAAAGCUGCAUGUUGAACUUGCUGCUGUCGCUACCAGAACCCAACCUGGUCACGUUCCUUUUCCUUCUGGAUCACCUGAAGAGGGUGGCAGAGAAGGAAGGUAUCAACAAGAUGUCUCUCCACAAUCUGGCAACGGUGUUCGGGCCCACUUUGCUCAGGCCUUCAGAGAAGGACAGCAAGAUCCCCGCUAACCCCACGCAACCCAUCAGCAUGGGGGACAGCUGGUCCCAGGAGGUUAUGGCACAGGUCCAGGUGUUGCUAUAUUUCCUCCAGCUGGAGACUAUCCCCACACCGGACAGUAAACGACAGAGCAUCCUCUUUUCCACUGAAGUAUAGAACUAAAACUUACUCAGGAGGCUGAAAGAAGGGGAUGGACGCUGGCUCAAAGUGAGCCUCUUGUAGGGUGUAUUUGAAUUGUCCUGCUUAAUGUUUUCUGCUCAGCUCCUGGAGUCGGGCAGGAUUGUCUCUGGUGAUGCUGGCUGCGCUUGAACACAAGGGGGCGCCACUAGGCCUCUGAGGCUGAGAGUGCAUGAGGUCAUUGCCAUUCACAUCUCAUACUAGGUAUUUACAAACCAAAUCAGAAAAAGUUGGCCUGAAAUGGAACAUAAAAAUAAAAUAAGAUAUCAAUAUUUACUUUGACUUUUAAUUCUUAACAGACAGUAUGAGCCCAUAAAAGGAUUUUUUUCUCAUCAACUUCAGUUCAUUUUUGCAUUUUAGAAAAAGAUAGCUCAGCAAGGGUUUGCCUAUUUUUCCUCCUACAGUGCAACAUUCAGAUAAUAUAGUGUAUGUAAAAAGAUAAGGCUUCAAAUCUAAGCUAGACACUUGUGAUCUCCAGUCUCCCAGGCAGCGCUACAUCAAGAACCUUCACUUCAUCGACCACAUGGCAAAGAAUUACUGUAGGCAAGGCAAGUUUAUCUAUAUAGCCCAAUUUAACAACAGGGUUAUUCACAGUGCUUUAUAAAGACAUUAAAACGUACACAAACGGCAUGACUUAAAGUUUAAGCAAAAAUGAAUAAAUAAAUAAUAAUAAUCAUAAGAUAAAUGAAUAAAAUAAAAUCAAACAUAAUAUAAUGUACAGGAUUCAGGACUCUAAAUAAAACAGAAUUUACAAGAUUCAAAAUAUGAUUAAGUUUUGAAACUCACAUUUAAAAGUACCAGUGUAGAAAAUAGUUAAAAGGCAAUAAUUAAAGGCAGAAGAAUGAACAAGGAAACCUUCAUAAGGCACUAUAAUAUGGAGCUACAUUCACAGAUGCUGCUCCGAACUUUACUGGGCGAAAAAGAAGUCUUAUUUUAACACAAUCUGUCUGGGUUCAGAGGCAUCAUGUAUAAACCAUCACACAGCAGAUAAAAUGUGUUUUCGCUGGAUGGAUAAAUAUUCCAGACUUGUUGUUUUUUUGUUUUGUAGACCAUGCAAAAAUCCCCUUUUGACAACACUUCAAGGGCAUGGCUGAGGAAGAAGAAGGGACACAUAUUGGACUGGCCAGCCUGCAGCUCUGACCUGAUCAUAAUAUGUAUAUAUACUGAAACAUGAAGGAUGAAAUAUCUUAUGCACUAAGAAAUCAAAGUCCAAGUAAAUGUACGAACUACAAUACAAAAACUCUCUCUUUUUCUGAUUUGGGGUUGUACUAAGAUUCCUUGGACCUAUAGCCAUAUUAUGGAUAUGUCUGCCAUCUGCGUUUCUACAUUUUACUUUUUGUUUUAUGUCAGCACGUUUACAGCUGUGGUUCAUGAAGGAAAGAUGAUGGCUUGAAAUCAGAUCACACGAGCAGAAAAGUCUUUUCAGAAUUUCCAUUUUGUACCUUUGCAUUUAAGCGUUGUUCCUAAUUUGCAUUUGUUUAUGACAAUCAUGAAGUCUUUCCAUCUUAAUGAUUAUUUUCUAUCACGAUCAGGACAUUCUAGCCAUGUAUUUCAUCAUCUCCAUGGAUUAUUGCUGACAACAGGAGACAUUUAUGCUGGUGGUCAGAGCAGAAAGCCAGCGUGUGGAGCUGCCACCAUGCUGGACUUUCCUUUUUCUUUCUGUGUUUCCAGAGGCGCAGGAAGCUAGCAACUGGAAACAUGUUUACAACGUAAACUAUACUGAUGAGGAUCAAACGCAACAACUUGAAAGAGUGUGGGGCGGGGGGGGACCCAAUGCUCUGUUUCUGCCCAGAGAAGCAAAUCUCCUCUAAUUAUUUUGUGUUGCAAGGUAGUCUUCCGCUUAAAUACACAGGAAGCAAUAUAUUUUCCAACACAGGAACAGCACACAACGUUUUGUUGUCUUGCCAAACUGAUAUGUUUUUUCGGUUUCCAGGAUAAAAAAGGAGUUUGCAUUUAAAGAUACAGUACAUGUACAUAAACUUAAAGUUGUAUUUUUCUUUCUUUUUGAUUAACAAUAUAAUCAUUGUUGCUGUUAUUGUAAUUUAUUCCAAGGGCCCGGUGGAGGAAUUGGCUUGUUUUCUAUGUGAACUUUUUUCUCUUUAGAAAAGUGGUAGGUUUUAGCCUUGAUUUCAGGUCUUGCAAUAAAUAAGCAAGAUUUUAGCCUUGUUCUAAUAGAAACUACUUCAGUCCAGCCUAUCGAUGAUUCAAUUCAACAUUACUAUGAAGGUAACGCACGCAGUGUAGUUACAUACUGUAUGCUGCUUUGGAAAAGGCACAAGCUCUUUGACUGCUCGGUGUUUCCUCAGCAGAUUAGUCUCACAUCCAGAGACCGUCACCUGUCUAGUGUAGACUUUAUGCAAGGUCACAACACACACACACACACACACACACACACACAAAUGUGGAUGACAUUGACUAUGUUAUGUACUACUUAAUCUGUGGCUGCGGGAGUGCACUAAUGCAAUGUUUAAACUACUGUAUUACAAUUCAAGUGGCCUGAGCACUCUGCAUUUAUGUCCAAAUAAAAAAUAUCAUAUCUUUUUGUGUGAAGUGAGGGAAUAGUGGUUUACCCCAUCUUUUCUUGUUUUCUCUUAAAUAUCGCUACUUGUCCCACUUAGUACCCAGCUUCAAAUGAUCUCCAAGAAGACAUGUUUCUUAUUUUAACUUAUUUUUCGUUGAUUUAACAUGCAGGCAUGUUUUAUUAAUUGUUUUGUCUUAUAUUUGUGUUAUUUUUUGGUGUCAUCACAGAUUUGGAUGUAGAAAGUUUAAAGUUUAUGAGAAUUUGAUUUACACGACUAUAGCAUAUCCUUUUCUCUGGCCAGUGUAAUCGCACGGGUUAUGAUCGGCUUUUCAUAUACAGCAGUCAGCUAUGACAUUAAGAUGACCUGUCUAAUAUCACUGCCUUAUUGCUAAUAAAACAGCUCUGUCUGGUCAGGGUGUGCUAUGGUGUCUUGCGCUGGGAGGGUUGCCGUCCUCUGGGGCACCUGUGUGACACAUUUGUUCUGGUGUAUCCAACAAAUACUUGAUCACUUCGAGAUAUGGAGAGUUUGGUCACUGUCAAAGCCCUUGUGCCCUUGUGUUCCUUAAACUGUUACUUUUUCUUUUUUUAAGGGGGCACAUUGCCCUGCUUGUUAUCCCAUCAAUUUAGGCUGGUGGUACAUGUCUGUAGCAGAAUCUAGUGUCUCUAUCAGAACAUGAUCAGUGUUUCAUCUUCCUAAAUCCAUUUUAAUUCUGUGCCUGACCAGUCCAUAUAAAAGAAAACAAAGCAGAAAUAAUUUGGUCAGUUAAAGCCAUACGUGUAGCAGUAUCACGUCUGACCACAUGGGGUCAUAUCAGUUUCAUUGUGUUGGCAAAAGAGCCAGAGAUGGGGCUUUUUGACCAAAACUGGUGUGAAAAAUGGGUGCUGUGUCGGCCCUAAAACCUUCCUGGGUUAGAUGCAAGAACUGCUACAUCAUGGAAAUGAGGCGUGAUUAUUGUAACCAAUCAGAACAAUACAACUGCCAUAUUUAAACCACCUAUGUAACUUUAGUUAAGGUAAAACAGCAAAGAGUGUAACCUUGGAAUCAAUAUCUGUACUGUACAGCAAACGUGACUAAAAAAACUGAAUAACGUAAUAAAUGACGCAGGGUCCUGGCUCUCCGGUGCUCUCUGGCCAGUGGAAAAGCAAGCCAGUUCUUUGUAGAAGCUGUUUGGAACUGGCACUCGCACCAGUUUUGAGUUGGUCGAAAAGCCCUUUGACAGUACUGAGAUAAUGAGUGGAGACAGUCCGGCACGUCUUGCAAUGCCACUUUGUCCCACUAGAGGGCGAUUUAUUUGUGUCUAACAGGCGGGGCUGACAUGAAUUUUCUUGUGAUAUGCUGGAUUCAUGUGGUCAGAAGUGGUAUUGCUACAGGGAGUAACUUUAAAAGAGAAAUUAUUAACACUUUUUCUUUUUUCUUGCAAAAAGAAGUGGCAGAGUGGAGUUUGCUUCUGCAUACAUAUCAACCUUAUAAAUGAUAGAAUUACCGUAUUUUCUGGACUAUAAGCCGCUACUUUUUUCAUAGGUUUUGAAGCAUGCGGCUUAUACAAAGGUUCGGCUAUUCUGUGGAUUCUGCUUCCACCGCUAGGGGGAGUGCUAACCGGAAUUAGAAUAAAAACUAAGACAAAAUAAAUGCAAAGAAGAAUAUGCUACUUCUUCUUUAGCAGAUAGAAGUAGGUAGAAGCAGAUUUCAAACAGAUAAACAGAUAAAUAAAUACCGGUUAUUUUCUCUUGGUUCUGUCCCGUUUUAAUCAGCAAAGUUGCUGCCGUGUUAAAAGACACUGUUAGGAAAGGAUCUAUUUAGGUACAAACAUGUACAUCAUUUACAGUUCAAAAUCCUUCUGUACAUGUAGUAAAUAUCUAAUCUAACAAUAUAAAUAUCUGCAGCUUGCAUAUCUUUUUCUUUUAAAUAGAGCGGAUGCGGCUUAUAUACAGGUGCGGCUUGUAUAUCUUUUUUUUAUUAUUAUUUUAAAAUAGAGUGGAUGCAGCUUAUAUACAGGUGCGGCUUAUAGUCCAGAAAAUACGGUACACUCGUUUUUGCCCUUGCCAUUUCCCAUAUACAUUGUUGUGUCUUGUUUUAGUUAAAAAAUGACAAAAAAAACAACUACUUUUGUGUCAGUGUCCUGAGUAAUGCUGUCAACAUCGUAUUCAGAAGUCUUACCCUCACAUUUGUGAUAAUAUUACACUGCCAUCGUGUACUUCCACUAAGUCUGGCCCACUGUAGCAUGCUCACAUUCUUGCAUCAUCUGUUUUUUAGGAUGUGAGACCAGAGAACGACUCUACCAGCUUUUAAUUCAGUCACAUCUCUCCUUCGUACAGAGUCUCAGCUGCCUGUAUACUGGUCCACCCUAUCGUGCCUAAACACCUAUGCUUUUGUUUAGAACCAGUGAAAACGCCGGGGGCAGAAAUGUCUAUGCUCCCGUUGCCUUUGCUGAGAAACAUCCACGCGUCUUUCAUCUCGUAUGGGCUAAGACAGGACCUUAACUGUAAGCAUGGUCUUAGCUGGUACUGUUUAUGAGUGUUGUACUUGCCAACUUCAUCUGACUGUGAUGCUGUAACUAAAUGAAACUGUGAUGAAGUUGGUCUUAACAGGGCAAACACACAGAGUUUCAUCUCCUUUAUUGCCUUUAGUUUUAUUUAUUUAUACUUUCUCCCAGUUUGAUAUAACACAGUCUGCUGGAUCUAUUUAUUUAUUGUAAAAUGCCUCCUAAAUCUAAAUUAUUGUUAAAGAUGGUCUUAUGUGUUUGGGUUCUCUUAAUCAUUUUUUUUUUUUUUGUAUUGAAUAAGCAUUAAAGUUAAAAUGGUAGGACACUGUUUUGUCCUAGAACAGUGAGCUUAACAUGAGUUAUUUAUGUUGUGCAGACUGGCCCCAUUGAUUGUUAACUAUCUGGUUUAGAUAAUUGCAUAGCUGGUACAAGCUCCUAUCUAUUUAACUGGUGGCUUGUCUGCGGAACUCAAACUUCUGCUACUUUUCCAUGGAUUUGUAAAAUAUGUAUUAUAAUAUACAUUUGCAUAAUUUGGUUUCCCUUUUAUUUAUUGUGGCGUUCACUGAUGUAUGAUCGUGAAGGAUCGAGCCUGUAUACCUUUUGGUCUGUUUGAGAAUCCAAACUAUCAGUUUGUGGUAGAGGAGAGAAGAGUCUUUAUAGGACUCAAUGUUGUUUUGGUCUGUUGAUUGUCACUGUAACUGCAUGUACCCUCCAUAAUCUCAGUCACAGCCAAAAUUGUUCAGUUUUUUUGUGGACUUGCCUGGAGAUAUGGUCCAUAUUGCUUUAUAUGAAAGGUAUCAAUCUUUUGCAUUAUUGUAAUUGACCCUGGUAUUCAUCACUACAUUCCCAUGAUAUAGUUAGUAGUUGAUACUUUGAAAUGACCCUCUGCUGCCACUUUUCUGACAUUAAGCUACUUUGGGGGAAUAUUCUGCUUACUGUAGUUUUAUUCAGCACAAAACAAUGUACAUUUCAAGGCAGGACUUGUUGACCAACCACGAAUACUGUCUCUUUUUAGUGCAUCAUUUUUGACUCUUGACCUUGUUGAGUAUUCAAUGUUCUGCUUGUAGAACUGUAAAAAUGAAUACUGUAUUCUGAGGGGAAACAUGUUUGAGAAGCAUUUGCAGCCUAUGUUUGUACACAAAAAUGUUAAAUAAAAUCUCCUGUA